GGUUCUGAGGUUGGACAGCUCCAGCUCCAGGCAGCAGUUUUCAAUUACACUGUUUUUUCCUUUUGUGGAGGACUUGAGGACAUAAAUUGCUAGGCUCCACAUUGAAGCAGUCAUUCAACAACAGACCUAACCAUGGAGUUCAGAAGAACCUGUUUGGUUUUUGGAAUACUCCUCUUGGUGAACUGCUCAUUCCAGCAGGCUUUCUCUACGAAGAAAAUGGUUAAAAAGGAUGAAGGCAAAGGCGCAGCCAUAGAGGAGCUGCAGAAGCAGAUCAAUGACAUUGUUCAGGAUCUAAAUAUUAUGAAGGAGCAACAGGCUUUGCAGUCAGUUUGUUUGAAAGGGGUCAAGGUUCAUGGCAAGUGUUUCCUGGCUGAGCCGCUGAAGAAAAGCUACCACACAGCCUUUGACGACUGCAUUGCCCUGGGGGGUGUACUCGGUACCCCCUUGUCCAAGGACCAGAACGACCAGCUCAGCGACUACGUCCACCAGAGCAUCGGCCCAGGCGAGCAGAUCUGGCUGGGCAUCAGCGACAUGGUGACUGAGGGCAACUGGAUGGAUCAGACGGGUAACCGCAUCCUCUACAAGAACUGGGACUCUGAUUCCAGAUCCCCAAAGACAGAUCGUUCCCAGAACUGUGUCAUCCUCUCGGAGGCCACUGGUGGGAAAUGGUUAGACAAGAACUGUCGUGAGGAGAAGGCCUCUGUCUGCGAGUUCAACAUAGUCUAAGGCGCACCAUUUGUUAGUUGCAUUUCCCAUGCUUGAAUUAUAUUUUUUGUUCGCUACCAUGUAUUCUUUUCCACAAUGUACGCUUUGGUUUUAAAUUCAACCCCUGAAAAUGUAUAUUUUUUAACAUUUGGAGCAAGUUACUGACACUUUUCUAGAGCUGAUAAGGUUAUCAAAAAUGUUGGAGAAUUCUUUGUAAAACAUGGUGGUUUCUUGGACAGAUUAAGGAUUAUCCAGGACUAGGAUUAAUCUGUGUCCGGCGAAACUGUCCCAAUGACAAUGACACAUUUUCAUGUGAAUUUGCACAAGUAUGAGAUCCUUACGUUACCAUAUAGAAUGCUUUCCUAUCUAAUUUUCAACAAUUAUUUCAGAGUGCUAGCCCUUUGAAUACUUGUUUGUUUUCAUCACAAGAUGUUUAGCCUGAACACAUAAAAUCUCAAUAAAAAUUAUGAAAUUAUAAUAGGGGCUUGUCUAAGAAAAUGUAAAGACAUUGAAAACCCAACUAUUACACAUUACUGAACAAAGAAAACGUCUUAGGAAGACACGUUCAUUUAACAUGUAUCAAAUCUUGUAGCGGGAAAAGUGACGUAUUU